AACCCGAUUAUAUCUAUACCAGUUUAUAUCAACACCAGAUCCUACUCUAUUGGUUUUAACCAGAUUAAAUCUAAACCAGAUUAUAUCUACACCAGAUCCUAUUCUAGUCUAAACCAGAUUGUGUGUGUGUGUGUGUGUGUGUAGCUGUGUACUGAUAGACAGCAGACGGACCGGAAGAGAUGGCUGGAGGAGAAGAUGCUUCUGAUUGGUCAGGCUAAGGAAGCAGAAGAGAAGAGGAACCAAGAGAUGAGGAAGUUUGCAGAGGACAGAGAGCGACACGCUAGGGAACACAUCCAACUGGAGAGUGUUUGUGCUGAGCUGGCGGUGAAGGAGCAGGAGAUGGGCCAGUGGAGGAGGGAGAGGGACUCCCUGGUGUCUGCUCUGGAGGUCCAGCUGCUGAAGCUCCUCUCCUGCAACAAAGAGCAGGAGCAGCUGAUCGAGCAGCUCCGCGCUGACCCCGGCCCGCCACCAGAGACUACCCUGGACUCCACCAGCAGAAGCUCAGCAGAGAGGACCAGUUCGGGUUCGGCGGGGUUCCCCUCGGUCCUGGAGUCUUCUCAGAUCUCCACUGAGAAUGGGCGGAGGAGCCGGUUCCCCCGGCCUGAGAUGGAGAUCUCCUUCAGCCCCCUGCAGCCCAACCGCCUGGCUCUGAGAAGGCAGGGGGAGCAGGACUCGGUCACCGUCAAGAUCAGCCGCCCCCGCAAGAGGAGGAGCAACGACAUGGACAGGGAUGAGGUAGAGGUUGAAAACAAAAUAAAUACCAAGACCAAAUUGACCCCCAAACAGGAGGAGGGCCCCUCUCCUGGCGGGGGAAGCGUUACACGCAGCAGGAAGGACGGAGCGCUGCUGAGGAUCGGAGACUUCCUGCAGAGCUCCCCCACGCUGUUCACCUCCGGAGCUAAGAAGGUGAUGAGUCUGGUUAGCAGCUCUUCCUCUUCCUCUGUGAGGGUGAAGAAAAGCAAGAAGAAACUCUACCAGCCACACAUCUCCUCCCCCAUGGACCUUCCCUCCAACCCGAUCAUCCCUGAGGAGAAGGACAGCGACCACCUCAUCAUCAAGAGGCGCCUCCGAAGCCGGACAGCCAAGUAGCUGCCCCUACUCUCCUCCCCUCUCCCCCAACCCUCCACCCUGAAGUGCAACAGAAGGAGUCUUGGAGGAGUCCAUUCAUCGCGUACUGCUUGGGGAGUACUAAUACGCCAUAAUGCUGUACUAUAUAUAUAUACAUAUCUAUACACAGAUCAAUAUUUGGGCAUGGGAUGCUGCUGUAGGCCGUCUGGGGCAAACAUUAUUAUCAUGAUUAUCAUUUUAUUCUGUUAUCUUCUAACGUCUUCUUCCAAGUCUUGGACCUCAGACCGUCUGCCCGGUCAUGGAUGAACCAAGACUGGAUCUAGUGCGCUAGUGAGGGUCCUGGUUAGAGAGUUAAGGCCCAAUCCCAUUUCUACCCCUUACCCCUUCCCCUUACCCCUCCCCCUUGUUUUGAAGGGGUAAGGCGAAGGGGUAGAAAUGGAAUUGGGCCUUAGUGUCACCCACCCUCUAGGGGUCCUGAUGUUUAGGAUUAUAUUAGGACAUUAUAUAAUGUUAUGAUUCAUGACAUAUAUGAUUAUACUUAAUCAUAUAUGGGUCUAUAUCUGAUCAUACAUAAUCAUAUUUGAAUGGUGCCCUUCUAGCCAAAUAAAAGCAUAAGGAUUCCAGACCAUUUUGAUUCUGAUAAAAAAAAGUCAGUCCAUUAUUAUCGCAUAUACAUAAGUUAAUCAGAAUGUGUACUCUGAACCUUUGUGAAUGGUAUGCUUUAAGUUGACUUUCAUUUCUUUAAAUUUACUGUAUAGACAUGUUCACUUAAGACACGUAGCUGGCGUGGUGCAAGGGAAAUGUUUGCGGCUGCGGGAGUCAAUACCUCCAACAUGUUUAAUAAUUUGUAUGUAUAUUGAUUUGACGGCUCUACGACUCUGAAUACGAGGUCAUCUUGGUUCAAAAGAACUGUUAUAAAGACACCAGCAUCUAGUUCCUCUUCUCAAACCUUGAUCUUUUAUUGGAUGUCACUAUGUGGACCUUGAGUCGGAUGAUUAAAUGUGAUGGGAUGUAAAUAACAUAGCCCAUGUAUAGGUCAAUAACAUGUAGAACAUGUAGCCCAAGCUUAACAACAUCAUGAUAGUUCAACGUCAUGUGGUCAGGAGAAAUAAAAGGUUUAGCCUAACCCACGAACUAUACUGUAUCCUGGGGAUGAUUCGGAAAUUAAAUUGCUAUAAUAAACUGACCUAUAAAUGGUUUUGACUCAGCGAGGGUAGCAUUAAAGCUAAUUAAUGUAGCAUCCUCGGCACAUCUGUUUCCUUCACGUGAGCUUUGAGGGACUAGCCUGUUGCUAAUAGGGCGGCAGUAGCUCAGGUGGUAGAGCGGGUUGUAACUGGAAAGUUGGUAGAAAACCCUGAGUAACAGGCACAGAAAGGAGAGAAGGUGGUGAGGGAGGAGAGGGAAAGAAAUGGCAGUAUUGCUCCAUUUAGGGGUUCCUGGACCCUUAUUUGCAGUGUAGAGUAACGAGUGGAAACGUUGGGGAAGAGGAUUUUGUUGUCCAGCUCCCUGCCCAGAUACUGCAGCACAACCCAGCCCUCAUGUUCAGCAGCCACGCCUACACUCCCUCAGCCUCCCAGCACACCUCUCCAACCCCAUGGCUCCACUGGGGGAAAAACAAGAAGAGCUCAUCCCAAUCCGGACGGGUUGAAGAGAGCCUCAUGUCUACUGAAUGAGCAGCAUGACCCAGAGGAGCUCCUCCUCUUGAUCCUCGCCCCAAUGCUCAGAGGUCAAAUGAUGGAAAGAAGACGGGAAACCCAGAUAGAAACGUUGUUGUAUGGUUACCUGUUACCUGUUCUGUAUUUAUCAUAAAGUUAUGUUACUUUUUAUAGAUGUUAUAUUUAGAAAACUUCUUGCUGUGAACAAUAAAAUGUGGAUGUGCCUUGUUACAGAUUUUGCGUGUACUGUAAGGAUUUAUAUUAUAUAUAUAUACACACAUUUUUUUCUCCAGGCUAAAAAUGAGGCAGAGAUGGUAGCCAUUUCAGAGUAGCCAAUAAGUGGAGAGGGUUCCUCUUGUCCCUGAAGACAUUCAUUCAUUCACUCAUAAAUAUUGAUCUAGUCAUUUCUUUAUGUUGGCUAUAUGUUUUCUUUAUUCAUGCAAACACGAUCAAAUUGAAGUGUAUUGGUUAUGAAGGUGUAGUUGUUUCGGUGCAAGGUUCUCCAGGUCGUUAUGUAGGAGGAUGGCAUGUGUUCCUGUGGCAUAACUGGCCUACUUAGCUUUCCUCCAACCCUUAACAAUCCAUCUUCCAUGACUGGAUCUAGCCUGACUUCUGCUCAAGGUUCUUAGCUCCCAGUGUUCUUCUGAACUUGUUCAUGUGCUGUUGAACAGUGUCUUUACUCCCACCUCUGAGCCUUUCAGUGCAUUAUUUUCUCUUGUGGCUUGGUUGACAAAGGGUUCGUCUGAACCUCAACAUCCCUGAUACGGCCUUUACACUACUCCAUCUUGUGUGUUCCAACAGCUUGCUUGUAGGUUAUCUUUCCUCCAUAACUGCAUCGUGGAUGACCACAAAUUCCUUUUUGACCUCCGGGUCAUCUGGGGAAAUCGGACUCAGAUCCUUAGGCAUCAGUGGACAAAGAUCAACUCCAUUCCAAAGAGUCUCUGGGCCCUUUAUCCAUCUCAUGGGCUUAAAAAAUCAUUCCACUUAAAGCAUCUUCUGACAGAUUUUUCGUAGAGCCUUGUUUCCACUGGUGAGUUGAUGACAUCUGUGUUUUGUGUUUCUUUAGAAAGAAUACAAUGGACGGCAAUAUAUUUGUUCAUCUUUAUUUCAUCAUUC